ACCCCCCAACGAAACCCAGAGAGCGAUUUCUUCAAAUCUUUGGCAACUUCUCGUGAUUCUGAUAUCAACAACUUUUAACAUCUUUUGGUGCAGCGAUGGAUGGAGAUGAGAGAGAUUCGGAGAGGCAAAGGAGGGCGACACCUCCUGCUUUGACGUUAGAGGAGGAAACUGAAAGAAUCAGAAUGUAUCAAUCUCAGCCAGAUCUAGUGAAGUACACGGUUUCUACCGUACCAGCAAGAAAAAUUCAGAUUGGCAAUUGGCAGAGAACCACAGAUAAUGAUAACGAGAUACUUGCCAAGUUUUUCUUUAGAAUUGAAUCAAUCGCGUGGGAGAUAGUCGACGACAAUGAGACUAAGAGAAUAGAGAUGUUUUGGAAUAACAUAUCGUCGCUUAGAAUGAUAUCUUUUGAAGGGAAUAGCAUUCUCAAAGUCGAGUUGGAAGCUCCACCAGAGUUCUUUACUGAAAUCGAUCCCCAACCGAGAAGGCAUCGACAGUGGAUGAAGAUCCCGGAUUUUACAAAUGGUGAAGCCGAAAGAUGCAGGAUACAUACUGUUACAUUUCCAGAAGGGGUUCUUGAGAGCCACUAUGACAAGCUUACUCAUAUCGAUGACUUGCUGUUUCACAAGAGUCGGGGGCCUUUUCCUGUACACAAUUAUCCCUUCUUCAGUCAACCGCAUCAAGCUUCUACUUCUUCAUAUGCUAACGGAGGAUGGUUUCCCCCUGGAAGAAGAUUUUAGCUUAAGAUUUUGCAGGAUUGAAAGGUUGGUUAAAGCAUGCUUACUGCACUGAGGCAUGAGUUGGUCCAAGAUUGGAUUAGAUUGAAGAACUUAGCAUGAUUUUAGUUUUAAGUAAUGAAGAAAGUACCCUCAGAAAUCAAGGUUUCGCUGGCGACCUCAUCUCCAUUGAGGACAAAUUUUGCAGCAUUGAUGACAUUUUAAAAGGGCUUUAGAUGACACUGGUUAAUGUUGUCCAAAAAGUAUCUUGACUUCUGUAUUUGGAUUUUCUGUACUUGAAUUCACAGAAGGAAUUUUUCUGGGCUUUAAAUUUCCGAAACAUUUUAACUUCUUUCACUGAAUUCUGAUCA